AUGGGAAACCUUUUCUCCAAAUUGUUUACUGGCCUCUUUGGCAACAAAGAGAUGAGGAUCUUGAUGGUGGGACUUGAUGCUGCCGGAAAAACCACCAUUCUUUACAAAUUGAAAUUGGGUGAAAUUGUUACCACCAUUCCAACUAUUGGAUUCAACGUGGAAACUGUCGAGUACAAGAACAUUUCAUUCACGGUAUGGGAUGUGGGUGGACAAGAUAAGAUCCGUCCGUUGUGGAGAUACUACUUUCAAAACACCCAAGGAAUUAUUUUUGUGGUGGACUCCAAUGAUCGUGACCGUAUUGCCGAAGCCCGGGAAGAAUUACAGCAAAUGUUGAAUGAAGACGAAUUGAGAGACGCAUUGUUGUUGGUGUUUGCCAACAAGCAGGACUUGCCCAACGCCAUGAAUGCCGCCGAAAUAACCGAAAAGUUGGGAUUGCACUCGAUCCGUCAACGUCCAUGGUACAUCCAAUCUACUUGUGCUACAUCAGGAGAUGGAUUGUACGAGGGAUUGGAAUGGUUAUCGACCAACUUGAAGAACUCGCAGUAG